AUGAAGUUUUAUUGUGAUAAUUGCGUGAAACAUGCUGAUGGUUUCAAAGGUCUUUUGCAGAUGCUUAACGAAAAAUUUGAAUCCAUUGAUUCUCGUCUUAAAACGUUUGAUUCCAUUGAUAUUGGGAUAAAAAAAUCUGCAGUUGAGGCCUUGAGGCAAGCGUCUUGGUCAGACGUGGUAAAGAGUAAUUCUAAAAUUGUCGAUAACGAGGCUGCUUCUUUGAGAAAUCAGUACUUCAUUUACCGAUGUGUUAAAGCCCGUGAGAACAACAUAGUUCUCUUUAAUUUCAGCGAAGACUUGGAUGUUGCUAAAGAUAGGGGCAAUGUUCUUGGCUUUUUAAGGUCCCUAACAGACGAGUCUCUGAAAGAUGAUGACAUAUUGAAAAUAUUCAGACAAGAUAUAUGUAUACUGACCGAAACAUGGCAUGGAUCAUCUGAUGAUAUUUCUGUGAAAUUGGCUAUGCCUCAGGACUUCUAA